AUGUCGCGCUCUACUUCAGUGAAUCGGAACCUGUCCGCGACAGAAGAGCUCGAAAAACUCGAGCAAUCCAUUACUCUCACCCUGCAGGAGAUUGAUCAGAACUUUAGCAAAGCCCACCGUAUAGUAACAACGAGUAUCCUCCCCCUCGUCGAGCAAUAUGGCGAGCACUCGCGUGCUGUGUGGGAUGCCUCAAAGUUUUGGAAACAAUUCUUCGAAGCCUCCGCAAACGUCUCCCUCUCCGGCUACGAAGAGCUAAACAACGACGAAACAACCAUCGAAGAAAGCACAGCCCAACAUGACUCCACAAUGAACACCACCACUACCACCGCCUCGGACGUCACCGCCACGCCCGCCGACCGUACCUACAACAACGAAGACUCCCUCCUCGAUGACGCCGAGCUCUCCGGCAGCACGCCGCGCCCCCCCUCUACCAAAACGAUCAAGACGCAAUUCGCCGACCUACGCUCCCCCUACGAGAUUAUGCGCCGCGAGAUGCGCGACGAAGAAGAGGCCACCGAAGUUCUUGAGAGCGAACAAGGAGACGACGAAGACGGAGAAGAGGAUAAUUCCACGCUACUGUUCCAGCAGAGGACGGCGAGGUUACCCGAUAUGUCCAUGACGCCGAGGUCCUCGCUGCCGCCGCAGCGCAAGGACAUCGACCAAGGAAAAGACCCCGUCUUCCAUCGCAUGCUGGACAAGACGUACAGGCUAAAGUCCACGCCGCAUAAGAACGCGCCGCCGCUCUCGGCGCAGAAGCACCGUGCGCAGUCGGCCUGGCAUGAUUCGCCCAUGUCUUCGCCGGAGAUUGCCAUGCCGAAGCUGAGGAGCGAGGCGUUCAUGUCUCCGUACAAGGGCAUGGUGGCGAGGCAGCGUCUCGAGGCGGCGGCGGCGGGGCCGAGGACGCCGGGCGUGAGUGUUCAGACGCCGACGGCAAGGAAGACGAGGGAUGUGUUGGGUACUAGGGAUAGUUUUGCGGAAGAGAAGAGGCCCAAGUAUGAGAUUGAUUGGGAGAGUGAUAGCGAUGAUGGAGUUGGGGGGAUAAGUCCUCCGAAGACUAUACAGUUUGCGCUCCCGCCUUCAAAGCUACUCCAAACUCCAGCGCGCGAGGCGAGCAAGCGGAUUGUCGAUGACAUCCUCUUAACGGCUGGAGCAGCCGAAGGAGACACGGACGAAUACAGCCCUACGAUGGUUAAGAUGAGUAGGGACGUCCUUGACGAUACGUUCUAG